GUCUUUUCGUUUGGUUUGCUUUGUGUCAGCUUACCCUUGCUAUCUCCCGAAAGAACGACAACUCUAGUUCGCCCUUAGUUACCAAAAGACAGAAUGAUAAGGACCGAACAACCGGUACUGGAGAUUUUUGUAUUUGUGUAAAGGAGGCGGAACCAAUCUCAAGAAAGUGACACAAGACACAGGAGGUGAAGCAAAUGCACGAUUCAGUUGUCCUACCAGAUGCACUCCGAGCGUAUGCCACACAGUCGCUGCAUGGUUUUAAAGUUGGAUUAAGGAAUGUAGUUAUAUGGUGUUCACAUACAAAAUCACUUGUCGAUGACAUAUUCACGUGUAAUUAUGAAAUAAUGGUAUGACUUUUUGGGCACUUCUCAUAUGAUCUAAUGACGAGGCAGAAUUACUUUACUUUAAUAAAACGCCAAUUAAGGAGGAUAAAACAUACGUAAAGCGCGAUAUCCGGUAUGCGCGAUUAUAGAGAGCGGACAAGUCGGAAAAUUCCAUACCAGGUUAUAGGAACAUCCAGUUAACGAGAUAUCGUUAUAACGAAAUAUCCGGGAUAGUGCUUAAUGUUGAGCGAGAUUUUGUGAGAACUGUUAUACCCAGAGAGCGAGUUAUCAAGAGGGCUAGAUAUCCGAUGAGUGAAAUAACCGGAUAUCUAAACGAGAUUAAAAUAACAGCACGCGCCAUAGGAUACUUAUGUCGAACGGAGGUGUUAAGGAAAUUAUCGACGAGGUCAUCCGAAAGUACAGGGUCACGGUGUUCAUCCGCCCAGGCUGCCCGCACUGCCUUGGAGCCAAGAACAUCGUCCGGAAGUACAUCGGACGAGUCGUACCGCAGGCGGAAGUGUGCUUUGUGGACAUCGAGCAGCAGGCGGAUUCGCGAGCGUUCCAGAAUUAUCUACAGCUGAUCACAGGCGCCCCAGCGGUGCCCAGCAGCUUCAUUAACGGUCAGUUUGUCGGUGGCCAGCAGACGCUCCGUUACCUUCACACAUCCGGUCAGCUGACCGACAUGCUCCAGACGACAAUCAAACGAUGAGCAUUAAUAAUACAUAUACCGGUAUUUGUAAAAUAACAUGUAAAUGUGUUGUGGGGUGACAUAUACGGAGAACGUAUCCUGCUUUGCGAUAUAAGUUAGCGUUUGCAACGACACGGUAGAGUGUCCACCUUGAAUCCGGGAGGGCCCGGUUCGAUCACCAUUGAGGUCGGGGAUUUUGUAGCUUGCUUACAUAAGGAUGUUGGGAAUAUGUGGUAUUAUAAUAAAAGGAGUAUUGAACUUUUAAACGAGAUUGGUUUUCGGAUGCAUUGUUGUAACCAAUGUUGCAAAUAAUUGAUAUCUCUCAAACCCGUAUAACUAUCGUUUACAAAUUGCAGGCACAGAACCAUGUAUAUUUAUAACAUUCGUUGUGUUCUAACAAUUAAUUAUAUUCUGUGCUCAUGAUUUAAACGUUUCCAGAUUGUGCAAAAUAUGACAUUAUACAAAAUGUGUGAAAUACUAAGCUUUCAGAGUAACUUGAGAUGCCGUGAUAAUAAAAAACAUUUUUAUGGUGCGUGUGCAUGCGGUAAAUAAAUAAAUGCGAUACAAUUUCAAGAAUAUAUUAUGUAAAUGAACACUAGAAAAAUAGUUAUUUGUUUGCAUUAAAAAAUAAAAAUUUAAACA